AUGGAAGAAAGCAGUGAAGAAGAUACGGAAAAACAAGAAGGGAUAGGGGUAAAUCACUCGAGAGUUUCGGGGCCAGUUUAAAUAAUAAUCAAUAAUAAAAAUGAAAACGAAAAGUGCGAAAGUUGAGGACUAGAAACGCCUCGUCUUCUCAAUAAAUUCAACGACCGAAUUGAAAAUAAUCAAUCUCUGAUCUUCAUCUCUAUCAGUCUCAUACAAUAGCAAUGUCCUAACGUCAAAUUGAGUUAGAAAGCUCAAUUUUUUCCUCAUUUGUCUUCUUGCCCGUUUAUAAACAGUGCAAUCUAAUAAAUAAUGUUGUAUCGUUUCGUUGAUCCGACAGGUAGGACAAAGUGGAGAAGAAACACACU